CAAUUGGCAAUGGCGAGGACCACCCACUUAUCUUCUUCAUGCACGACAUACUCGGAGGAUCAAACCCAUCAGCCAGAGCAGUUACAGGGAUCGUCGUCAACCCCGCCGUGAACGGCCAAGUCCCAUUCGCAAAACCCAACGGAGCAAACCUCCCGCUCAACAAUGGCGUCCCUGUAAACAGCAACAACAAUGGAAUCCUCAACAACAACAACGUCCCUUUACUCACUGGUCUGAGUGGAAACGCAGCUACAGGAAUCCAAAACAGCAACAACAAUUUCAUCACCGGAGGAAACGGGUUCCCUGUCCUCAACGGCGGCCAACUUCCCGACGGAACCACCCUCCAAAAACUCAUGUUUGGAACAAUGACAGUCAUCGACGAUGAGCUGACCGAAGGGCACGAGCUGGGAUCUGGGUUGGUGGGAAAAGCACAAGGGUUUUACGUGGCGAGCUCUGAAGAUGGAAGUAGUCAAACAAUGGCGUUUACCGCCAUGUUUGAGAGUGGAGGCUACGUGGAUAGUAUCAGCUUUUUUGGAGUUCAUAGAACUGCGGUUUCAGAAUCUCAUCUUGCGAUCAUGGGUGGGACGGGAAAGUAUGUGAAUGCUAAAGGGUUUGCUACUGUUAAGACUUUCUCUGCUACGAAUCAGCAUGAAACUGACGGAGCUGAGACUCUACUUCAGUUCACUGUUUAUCUGAGUUAUUAG